UUAUGACGUUGCUAGUUUUGAAAUUUCAGUGGGGCACGGUUUGUGUUGUUACUGGUGUUUUGAAUUUGAAGCAGAGCGUUAGAACGCUUCGUGGCUUGCUAUAACGUUUAAACUAGCUACUGAUUUUCUAGUGAACUAUUUCGUCCGAACUUAAGCCAUGUCUUUUUCAAGAGCUCCAGUGAAACGAUUUAAUGAAAAUAUCGGUAAGUUAAAGCCUUAAUAAUGAUUUAGCUGAGCAAACCUAGCCAACUAACGUUGCUUUCUUUGGCCUAGCUAGCUGCUUUAAUUAAGUAACUAACAGUAGCCAGCUAAUCUAACGUUAGCGCUAAUCUAGCUAACGUAGCUAUCCAACAAUGUUUUGUAAAACAUUGUUUACUAACUAGCUAACGUAAACAUAGUUUUGGUUUGGUAACUAGUUAGUGCAGGAAUGCUUAACGUUACUCCAAUCCACCAAGCAAAGGGCAAACAAGUCCACGUCGGUUACGGUAGCUGACGUUACAUGCCAUGACAUGUUAGCUAACGUUAAUUAGAUACAUUUACAUUUUAGUCAUUUAGCAGACGCUCUUAUCCAGAGCGACUUACAGUUAGUGAGUGCAUACAUUUUUUUUUUUUCAUACUGGCCCCCCAUGGGAAUCGAACCCACAACCCUGGCGUUGCAAACGCCAUGCUCUACCAACUACGCGGGUCCUAUGAUAGUCAGGCCAAUGCGUUUACACAGGCAGCCCAAUUCUGAUAUUUUUUUCUCACUAAUUGGUAUUUUGACACUAAUUUAACAAAUUAUGAGAAUUUGGCUGCCUGUGUAAACGCAGCCUAAUUAUUGUUUUCAUGUUUUGUCCAGGCUGCGCCCCAGCACCGGGCACCUACGAGCUGAAACCAGGAGAGGUGAAGGGACCUGCCUCUUUCCACCGGUCAGAGCGCUUCAAACUGCUCAAGGCCAGUGGUGGUGAGUUUAACUGUCAAACAACUGAAGCGCUUCUCUAAAAAAAAUGUAUCAUACUUUUGACAGUAGAUCUAUAUUUAAACAUCUAUGAUUUAGACUGUCACUCAUAAGAAGUACAGCCUAGAUGUUUUUACUUUCCACACCAUUGUAAUUUCACCAUCCCCCUUUCCUCUCCAUUCAGCUCCCUGCAUCCCACCACCAUCUCCUUCUAAAGAUGUGCCCAUGUCGCCUGUGCGUAGGACCAUGUCUGUGGAUGGCCUGGUAAGUUGGUGUUCACAUAAUCAACACAUUGUCCCUGGUUGGCACAGCUACAUCAUCAAGAUAACUGUGUCAGAUUUUAGUUUACUCUAGGAACCAAAUGGAAACAAUCAUAAUGAAACAGGGAGGGACCUACCUGCAUUUGUCCAAUAGAAACUCUUGUUUUCCUUUCAAAACUUUUUUUUCCGUUUAGGGUAAACAGUUUCUGUUGCAAAAUGUUUUGCAAGGAAUCAGACUAAUGGUUACACACCUUGUGCUUUAAAGGGAUAGUUCAGGAUUUUGUCAAUGAAGCCCUUUAUCUACUUUCCCAGAGUCAGAUAACAUCAUGGAUACCAUUUGUACGUCUCUGUGUCCAGUAUGUAUGAAGGAAGUCAAUGCUAACUAGUGUUGGCGCAAUGACUGGAAGUAUACAGGAACACCUAGCAUGCUAGCUGUUCCCAUAGACUUCCAGUCAUUGCGCUAACGCUAGUUAGCAAUAGGACUAAUGCUAGUUGGCAGAUUCCUUCAAACUGAAUGCAAAGACAUAAAAAUGGUAUCCAUGAGUUCAUCUGACUCUGGGGAAGUAGAUGAAGGGUUUCAUUGCCAAAAUCCUGAUCUAACUCUUGAACCCUAAUGUAAUGGCCCUCCUCUGCGAUUCAUUCUUCCAUUCCUCCUUCACCCAGGUUGAUGGGUCGAUGUCAAAGAAAGACAAGAGUGGCCUAUCGAUGCAGAUGAAACAGCAGAAACUCCUGGAGAAAGAGGUAGCCUAGUUAUACAGACUUGUUUGAAGAGAAAAUAUAUAUAGAUAUUGUCUUGUCUGUCCCAAUAGCAUACAUUGUCAGUGUUACCAGUUGAAUGAAAAUUAAAGUGACGAGAUGUAUUAUUAUUAUUUUUUUGUCAUUUAGCAGACGCUCUUAUCCAGAGCGACUUACAGGAGCAAUUAGGGUUAAGUGCCUUGCUCAAGGGCACAUCGACAGAUUUUUCACCUAGUCGGCUCUGGGAUUAGAACCAGCAACCUUUCGGUUACUGGCACAACGCUCUUACCCACUAAGCUACCUGCCGCCCUCCAUUUAUCAUGGAUGUGGACACACGUUUUUCAGUUAUCACAGCAGCUGUGACCUACCUUACUGCAUGCCUUAUUUUUUUCCUUCAUCCUUCAAUCUAAUGCACUGAUCCACCCCGUCUCCUCCCUCCCUCCUGUAGAUCCGCUCCCUGGUGCAGCAGCGCGGGGAGCAGGACAGGCGCCUGGUAACCCUUGAGGAGGAGCUGAGGAAGGUGGAGGCAAAGCUGUUGUCUGCGGUCCGGGAGAAGACUGGUCUGGCAGCUAACGUCACCACCCUGGAGAGACAGCUGGCUGAGCUCAAGAAGACCAACGAGUUCCUCAAGAACAAGGUAAUGUGGUGUUCGAUGGUAGAAUCAAGAGUUGGUAUGCUCAAAUCAAUGGGUUGCUUUCCUGACACAUUUGGCCUAGACCUGGAAUAAAAAGCUAUUUCAAUGGAGAAUCUCCAUUUAAGAAUGCUUUUUAGUCUUGAACGAGGAUGAAUCUGUGCUUGGAAAACAGGCCCAAUAGUCUUAAAGCAAAAGUCUAACUGCAGGGUUAAAAAGGUAUAAACUGGUUGUUGGUUAUCUGGGUUAGUUGACAAAACAAUACUACUAUUGGGUACUACCCCCCCAACUUGUCCAAUAAGAAAUGUUGACAUGUAAGUGUCUGACUGUGUUGUCGUUGUGUUCCACCAGGUUUCUGCAGACACCACUAAGAAGAGGAUCCAGUCUCUGUCUAUGGAGCUGAUGGAGGCCAGAAACAAAUUGGACGUCAAUGACAAGGUACGACGCGUUCAGGCAGUACCCAAAGUUUUCGAAUAUUCAGAUUGAAAUAUGCUGUGUAGAACAGAUUAAUAUGUAGAAUAAGUUACCACGUUGGUUCUAUUCAUCACAUUUCUAUCUGCAAGGUUUGGCUCUAUUCAUGGCAUUUCUAUCUGCAUGGUUUGGCUCUAUUCAUGGCAUUUCUAUCUGCAAGGUUUAGCUACUGAAAGUGGCCCUGUUCACACACCAUUCACUAUCCUGUAUCUAGUGGUGUUUGCCUUGCACACAUCUCUCUCUCUAAAUUAUUAAUGCGUGUGCUGAUAUUGUGUUUUUGUUCAGGAGCUGAGUUUCCUGCAGGUGUAUGGGUGGUUGAGUGACUGACAGUUGUGUUGUCCUAUCAGGAGCUGAGUUUCCUCCAGAUCACUACAGAGGGCCAGGUGAAGUUGCUGGAGACAGACCUGGAGGCAGCCAGAGCUACACUCACUGCCCUGACUGAGAGGAACAAGGACCUGGGUGAGACCACAUGCUUAUCAAUCAAUUAAAGGUUAUUUAUACAGCACAUUUCUGACCCAAAAAAUGUAGUUUGAAGUCCUAAACAAAUACAAUAAUAAAGGUGAGAAAGAUGAACACAUUUUAAAAUGAAGAGAUGCAUUAAAAUAGUAAAACAAGACUGGGUGGACUCCUUACCCCUAAUACAGUAAUAAUAAUAAUAAAUAAUAUGCCAUUUAGCAGACGCUUUUAUCCAAAGCGACUUACAGUCAUGCGUGCAUACAUUUUUUUGUGUAUGGGUGGUCCCGGGGAUCGAACCCACUACCUUGGCGUUACAAGCGCCGUGCUCUACCAGCUGAGCUACAGAGUACCUAGCUUAGUUGGACUCCGCCUCCCUGAAUUAAACUAAAAUCGUUUUUUUAAUGCAAUUUUUCAUUUUCACAGAGGACCUCCACCACGACACAAAAGUCCAGAAUGAGGAGCUGGAGAAUGAGAUGGAUACGCUGCAAGGUAAGUUGUGUGUUUGUGUCUCCAUUCUCCCAUCCUCCUCUGUAUAAUCCCUCCUUUAGAUGGCAUCAUUCUAACCAUGUGCUGUAUAUCUGUCUCUCAGCUGUGAUCCAGGAGCUGAGAGAGGAGAUCAAUGUUCUUCAGGGUUACCUGGACACAGCCAACGACCACACCCAGGUACUAACAUACUGGUCACUGAGGGAAGAAACAUGUAAGGAGACACACACACGUCCAGCUACUAACAACAUACUGGUCACUGAUGGAAGAAACAUGUAAGGAGACACACACACGUCCAGCUACUAACAACAUACUGGUCACUGGGGGAAGAAACAUGUAAGGAGACACACACACGUCCAGCUACUAACAACAUACUGGUCACUGAGGGAAGAAACAUGUAAGGAGCCACACACACGUCCAGCUACUAACAACAUACUGGUCACUGAGGGAAGAAACAUGUAAGGAGACACACACACGUCCAGCUACUAACAACAUACUGGUCACUGAUGGAAGAAACAUGUAAGGAGACACACACACGUCCAGCUACUAACAACAUACUGGUCACUGAGGGAAGAAACAUGUAAGGAGACACACACACGUCCAGCUACUAACAACAUACUGGUCACUGAGGGAAGAAACAUGUAAGGAGACACACACACGUCCAGCUACUAACAACAUACUGGUCACUGAGGGAAGAAACAUGUAAGGAGACACACACACGUCCAGCUACUAACAACAUACUGGUCACUGAGGGAAGAAACAUGUAAGGAGACACACACGUCCAGCUACUAACAACAUACUGGUCACUGAGGGAAGAAACAUGUAAGGAGACACACACACGUCCAGCUACUAACAACAUACUGGUCACUGAGGGAAGAAACAUGUAAGGAGACACACACACGUCCAGCUACUAACAACAUACUGGUCACUGAGGGAAGAAACAUGUAAGGAGACACACACACGUCCAGCUACUAACAACAUACUGGUCACUGAGGGAAGAAACAUGUAAGGAGACACACACACGUCCAGCUACUAACAACAUACUGGUCACUGAGGGAAGAAACAUGUAAGGAGAAACUAAUUGAAUGGUCCAUGAUCAUGCUUACAUCGGGUUGUGGAAAUGAUAAUUUAGAGGAUGUUAUAACAUGCUGUUAUAUCUCCUUAGGAUCUGCGUAUGAAGCUUCGUGGGAAGACAGAUAUGAUGAACAGCAUCUCUGAGUCUCAGCAGGAGAAACUGGGGUGAGCAAAUGCACAUGUCCUCCCGGAACAACUGCUUUCAGAAUCAUUGAAAUUCAGGGUUUAUUUUUCUGUCCUUUUGACCUCUUCCUAUAUUUCUGUCUAUGUUGAAAUUGAUGACAUCAGUUUCCAAAUUGUCUUGGUUGACAUGCAAAACAAAAACACCUGAUCUCACGCCAUGUCCUUUUCGCUCAGCCAUCUUGAGCAGAAACUUGAGCAGUGUACCGCAGAGCUCCAAAACUCUCAGAACACUCUCCGUCAGAAGGAGGAGGAGUCCGAGAAAGGUCAACAGGACCUGCAGGCUUCCCGGGAUGCUUUGCAGGAGACUGAGAAGCUUCUGGAGCGGCGAGAGGCGGAGCUGACGUCUUCCCAGAGGGCAUUGGGAGAGAUAGAGGUGCAGAUGCAGCGGGCCAACCAAGAAGUGUCUGACUCACAGAAUGCACUGCAGCAGCAAGAGGCGGAGCUAGUGCGGCUGAGGGAGGUGCUGAGGAGGACCGGGGAUGAGCUGGAUGAGAGAGUAGCUCACCUGGAAGAGAAGUGCAAGGUCCUGGAGGAGGAGAGAGGUACACAAUCCUAGUCUCUAAUUAUAUUACUACCCUAAAGUACUACACUCUUCUUGAUGGUUAAUUGUAGAUCUGAAAGAAUGGGUCUAAUGGGAACUUAUCUUAAGCAAAUUUAUCAGUAAUUUCUUAUCUUACCCUUUUCCAGUUUUCCUGAAGGGUCAGGGUUUUGGGGAAUUGUCUCUAGGUUGCUGUUAUCAGUGUGGGCUCUAUACCAAGUGUCUAGGUUGCUGUUAUCAGUGUGGGCUCUAUACCAAGUGUCUAGGUUGCUGUUAUCAGUGUGGGCUCUAUACCAAGUGUCUAGGUUGCUGUUAUCCGCGUGGGCUCUAUUCCAAGUGUCUAGGUUGCUGUUAUCAGUGUGGGCUCUAUACCAAGUGUCUAGGUUGCUGUUAUCCGCGUGGGCUCUAUACCAAGUGUCUAGGUUGCUGUUAUCAGUGUGGGCUCUAUACCAAGUGUCUAGGUUGCUGUUAUCAGUGUGGGCUCUAUACCAAGUGUCUAGGUUGCUGUUAUCAGUGUGGGCUCUAUACCAAGUGUCUAGGUUGCUGUUAUCAGUGUGGGCUCUAUACCAAGUGUCUCUAGGUUGCUGUUAUCAGUGUGGGCUCUAUACCAAGUGUCUCUAGGUUGCUGUUAUCAGUGUGGGCUCUAUACCAAGUGUCUAGGUUGCUGUUAUCAGUGUGGGCUCUAUACCAAGUGUCUCUAGGUUGCUGUUAUCAGUGUGGGCUCUAUACCAAGUGUCUCUAGGUUGCUGUUAUCAGUGUGGGCUCUAUACCAAGUGUCUCUAGGUUGCUGUUAUCAGUGUGGGCUCUAUACCAAGUGUCUCUAGGUUGCUGUUAUCAGUGUGGGCUAUAUACCAAGUGUCUAGGUUGCUGUUAUCUGUGUGGGCUCUAUACCAAGUGUCUAGGUUGCUGUUAUCAGUGUGGGCUAUAUACCAAGUGUCUAGGUUGCUGUUAUCAGUGUGGGCUCUAUACCAAGUGUCUGUGUGUAUCUGUCUUUAGAUAGGAGCCAGGAGGAGGGCCAGGGGAGAGUGGAGGAGCUGAAGGCAGAGCUGAGCCUCCUGCAGGAGAACAGGAGGAGUGAGAAGGAGGUGCAGGAGCAACUAGAGCAGACACACAUCUCCCUGGCUGAGGAGCUGAAGAAGGAAAAGGUUAGUGAUGUUGGGGAUGACUUGGGUCCAAUAUGGCAACCAUUAAAACCCUACAUCUGACUGGUUCUGUCUCUCCUCCUCUCGUUCUCCCCAGGAGCAUGCAGCCUCCCUGGCCUCGGUGCUGGAAAGGGAGAGGGAAGAGACAGAGGAGGAGAGGAAACAGUUGGAGGAUGAGUUGGAGGAGGCUCUAGGGGAGCUGUCGGUUCUGGAGUUGCAGGAAGAGAGGAGGGAGGAGGAGGAGAAGAGGAGAGAGGAGGCCCUACAGCGUCUCCAGCAGGAGAAGACUGAGAUGGAGAGAGAGCUGACUGAGACCAGAGCACUGCUAGACAGGUGAGAGUCUGGAGGUGUAGAGCUGAACUGAAAACAUGAAUGAAACACACUCUGUCAGCUUUGUUUUUAACAUCCUUUGUAAUAAAGUAUUUCAAAUAAGAGAAGUUGGUUGGCUGGAGUUGCCGUGGAGUUGAGCUACAGGUUUAGCUGCAGUUGGACUGAACUGAAUCGAUGACUUUACAUCCCAAAUAGCUACUCAUUAUGCAGUGCUUGACCGAAAGCCCCCCCCCCCCCCCCCCCCCCCCCCAAAAAAAAGGUCCACGACCCCAUUUUUGCAUCAUUGUAUGAUGCAAGGACCCACUUUGCAAAAUAAAAUCCAUUGUUAUCAUUAUUAUUACCAUAGAAAAUCUGACAAAUGUAGGUUUCAAUCUGUCUAUUGGCUUCUUUGCAUAUUCAAACCUGUCUCAAAAUACAACACUGCCCCUUUAAGGCUCUCCUGGAGGAUGGUUGGCCACCCUUCAUAGCCUAUUACAACCAAAUACUUUUUUUCUUUAUAAACUAAUUGGCUCAUUCAAUUAAUCAGGGAUCAAAAUGCUAAGGUAGGCUAUUUCUAAACAAGGUAACUAAGAUAUGCUUGUCUACUGUAUCACUGAUCAGAAACAUUUAGCUUGCUAAUGUAGGUUAAAUCAAGGCUAUUAACUAGUCACUCAUAUGCAACUCCAAAAGCCCACGGAGGUUGGGAAAUAUGAACCCGAGACUCGCAUGCUUUUGAAAAUAUAAAUUGCUAUUCUUUUCUAUGCAUGUCAUGAUGAAGAUGGUCCCAAUGUAACACCCUACACCUGCCCCCUACUAGGCAUAGAAUUUACGCCUAGGUGUCCUCAUAGAAGGGCUUACGACCAACUAUUGCAACCGGCCCCGUGAUUUGAAAAAGACAGCGUGUGCCUGUCAAUGCAAUGCAAUACAAUUCUACUCUGACUCGGUCUACAGAAAUUGGGAGAACAGUGCUUAAAACAUUGCAUCCAGACGACAAUCUGAUCCCAUUUCUGAUCAGAGUAAAUGUUUGAUAUUGUUAUUAUAUAUUUUUUUACUUAAAUCUAUAGUCUGCUUGCCGGAAAUGUUUUAUGUACUUGUCCCGGGCAAGAGGACAAGUGUUAAUGUCAAGCCCUGUUAUGUGAUCAAGAUGAGGGAUUCUGCACCUCACCUUUGCUCAAACUGUACCUUUCAACUGUGUGUGUUGUAUCUCCUUCCAGGAGGAGCAGUGAUGUGGAGGAGGUGCACUCUGCUGCCUUGAGGAGGCUGCAGGAGGAACACACCACCUCCCUCAGCAAAAUAGGAGACAUGGCCACUGAACUGGAGAGGUAAGGAGUUGACCCUGCCCUCUCGUCCAAUACGAAUGUGCUUAAAGGGACAGUUUCACUCUUUCACUCUCCUUUCACAAGGAAAAAAACAGUUUCACUCUUGUUUCACUAAAGUUAACUUUUGACAGAUUAAAACAUCUGAAACUGCAUUUUAAGUAAACUGUCCCUUUAACUUUGGGUUAAAGUAUUAGCAGUCAUGGCUCUGUAAAAGCUAAUUUAUGGUCAAUCCAGGAUCUGCAGUGUCAGUACAGCAUUUAUGGACCGUUCAGGGCAUUCAUACUUCUUGCGCUUUGCUUAGCAGAACUGUUGUGAAUGAAGUUGAAGUGAGUUUAUACAGGACAUACUGCCCCCACCUGCCGUCAAUGCAGAGAUAUACGGAGCCCUCCGCAUUGUUACAAAAUUUGGGAGAUGCAUGGCAUCGCCGUACGGAGCUUGAUUUGGCCUCCGUAGGGUCCGCAAUUGUCACACCCUCCAUACAGAGCCUCCGCACCGCAUUCCCGGAUCAGGCAUAAAUUGUCUUUAAGACUUAAAUUUGUAUUUUGUUCCACCAGCACCAGACAGGCCCUGAAGGGAGCAGAGGAGAGGGGUAUAAAGCUGGAGGAGGAGGUGGAGAGGGUGACUAAGCAGAUGAAAGAGGAGGUGAAGAGAGUGAAUCAACAUAAGGAGGAGGAGGUGAAGAAAGUGAGGGAGGAGAUGGAGGAGGAGCAGGAGAAACAUCUAGCUGACCAGCAGGCUCAGGAGAAAGCCAGAGAGGAGUAUGCAAGGUGAGCUCAUCAUAAGGCUUCUUCUCAAUAUCUGGUGAUUGAAUGUGCAGUCUCUCUGACACUCUCCCUUCUCUCUCUCUCUUCCCCCCCAUCUCUAGAAUGCUGUUGGAGGUACAGACUCGUCUAGCUCAGAGAGAUGAGGAGAUGAAGAGGGCUGAGGAGGAGGUGCAGCGACAGCUGCAGGAGGAGAGGAUGGAGAAAGAGGAGGUACAAAGGCUACUGGAGCAGGAGAAAGGAGAGAGGGAGGCGCAGAGGAGAGACUUGAAGCAAUGGAUGUCAGAGGAGGUGGGGAGGCUAGAGAGACGGGUGGAGGUGGUAGAGGAGGAGAAGCUAGCUCUUCAGUGCUUGGUAGGGGAGGUGGAGAAGGAGAAACUGAGCCUUCACAACCAGUUGGAGAAGAUGGAGGACCAGGUAAAGAAAAAUCUGCCCUGUCUAGAGAACCAAAUGGAGGUAGAGAAAGAGAGGGAUGAUCUGAGAACAGUAGUGGAGAUGUUUGAAAUAGACAAACGGGGCCUUCAGGACCAGGUAGAACUAAUACACAACCGUCUGGAGAAGGCCGAAGAACAGAGAGCGAGUCUCCAGAGCCAGGUAGAACUGAUGGAAGAGGAGGUUUCUCUUCAGAGCCAGGUGGACCCAGUUGUCCAGGAGAAGGUUUCUCUCCAGAGCCAGGUGGAUGUUGUGGUCCAGGAGAAGGUGACUCUCCAGUGGGAGAUGGAGGAACAGAGAAGAGACUUCCAGAGACAGCUGGUGGAGACUCAGGACAAGAGGUGAGGAGGACCAGGAAUCACUGACUAGGCUGUGAAAGUCAGGGCCUGUAUUCGGGCCCAGAUCAUCUAGUAGAAGACAAUGGUAUUAUAGCAGCAAACGAUAUGCUCUCAAUACACUGUUCUAACUCUGUACUUUCCCCUCUCAGUGAUGCAGAGACAGAACACUGGAGGAGACAGUACCAGGAGCUCUACACUAAGGUCAAGCCCUUCCAGGUCAGUCACAGCACAGGCAAGGGGUCGCCACUGCUGCAUUAUGGGAAAUGUAGAUCCUUUGAGUGUUUUUAUGUUUUCUUCUUCUGUGUUGCUGCCAACGUUUAUGUAUAUUCACCCAUAUAAGUAGUAUGAGUAGAAGGGGUCCACCCACCAUUGACUUAAACAGGGGAGAGCCCAUUCUACUGUUUCAAAUUCUAUGUUCCUCCGGUUGGUUUGGCCCUGCAGGAGCAGUUGAAUGGGUUUGCUGCGGAGCGGGAUGCACUACUGAACGAGAACGGGGCGAACCAGGAGGAGCUGACCCGGCUAGCGGACGCCUACGCUCGUCUGCUGGGCCACCAGAACCAGAAACAGAAGAUCAGACAUGUGGUGAAGCUCAAAGAUGAGAACGUCUCCCUCAAACAGGUCAGAUACCUCCCUCUAGUUUGUGCAUUUAAAUACUGUAUAAGCAUGGGCUAUAUUGAUUGGAGUAAACAAAAUAUGAUUAUAGCAACACAUACACUUUAGUUACCACCAAAUUGUGGAGUAGGAGUUUAACCAUUUUAUUGUUUUCAUAUAUCCACUUCUUUUAAAUCCAUGAAAUGGGUGUUGGUUAAAGCUUUUUGGGUAUACUGCAGUAAGACAUGAUUGUAAACUGUGUGUGUGUGUGUAGGAGCUGUCUAAGCUGCGUGCCCAGGUGUCCCGUCAGAAGAAGGGAGGCCAGCCCCAACGCAGGGUUGACCCCAGCAAAGCCUUCAACCACCAGGACAGCAAGGAGAACCAGCAGCCUGCUGCCACACCUCUCAGACAGGGUGAGUACACACACACCAGCGUUUCUUUAGUGGGUAAAUGACAGCUUUUGGCCGAUAAAGACAUAAAAACUGUCACAUAAACAUUGUCCGGCAGAAAAUAUCCUAAUGAAAAUAAAUAUCCUUUAUCAAUCACAUUGGCUGCAUGGCGGUUGGUUCAGGUUGUCUUUCAAUGGCAUAACCUCUCUACUCUGCCUGACUGUCUUGAGCUUGUGCUCCCAUAGUGAACUUGCAACAACAACUUGGCCCGACCUGUGACAGACACAGCUGUUUUUUGCGCAAUGGAGAAGUGUUCAUGUAUUUUAUGAUUGCUUUUUCUUGAUUAAUCUCCUGAAGAACUGACAGAAAUGUCCACUAAUGCCUGUUUUGAAUAGGGUAUAGCUAGCUUAAAAAUGUUAAACAUUUUAAAUCAAGAUAGCUAGCUACAGAUGUAGGGUCUUCAUUUGAGCUAGGUUGCUAUAGCGGGAAAAUAAUCCUGCAUCAACAGGAAAUGUGAAUUAUUAUGUGGAUUUAUAAUUAAUGGACAUUUUUGUUGGGGCUGAUAGAUUUUUCGUAAGGGAAAUUGCAAACUUCAGAAGCCUUUUUAAACCUAAAAUAUACCCCUCAUCGGAGGACCAAAUAAAACCGUUGUUUGUUACAUAUACAUACUAUAUACAUUUUAUGGACAUGGUGCUGUUUUUUUUAUAUUAGUUACUUACUACGUAUGGAUACUGUAGAUAGAGUAUAUUUGGCUAAACUCUGUACCGACAUUUGACCGUCACAAAUUUUCCCAAAGGAAAAUGCUACAACUAACCCUAAUCCUGUCUCUUUCAGGAAACCGCUGUUGAAAGUUAGACAAUGGACAGAGACACUAGUAGACAGCACCAACUGCCCUGGAUGAACAGGACUAAUUGUAUUGAGUCAAGAGGAUGUCAUGGUCUUGCGUAUAUUUAUUUCUCAUUUUAAACCAGAUGUUCUGAAAAGCUACUAGAUGGAUUUAUAAUGGGGGGGGGUUGUAACCCUGCAUAUGUUUUAGGAGAGCCAUCAGAACCAACGUGUGAAUUAUGUCAGUUUCAGCAUGAAACAUGCCCCUUUCUUUUUCUACAUAAGCAUUCAUAUUAAGCACAAAAUAAAUGUUUUGUUUGUUCAUAACAUACAGUUUUGCAUAAUGCAAAUAUGUUUUAGCUCUAUACAUUUUAACAUGUCUUUUUCUUUUUGUCUAAUAAACAUUUGUGGUCAUCUUGUUUCCAGAGGAUGGGAAUGUAACUUCUCUUUUUGACUGUUUUAACUUUCUUCCAAAAUACUGACUCUCUUGUAAAUUUAAGCUCCAAAUGUUUGCUAUUUUCCUUAACACUGAGAGAAGCGGGAGGAUUGUUUUAGAUAGAUGUUUUCAAUGAAUUUAUGUACUAAGUGUGUUAUUCGGUAAGGGAUCCCAAUGGGAUCAUCCCAUACAAUCCUAUUGAAAUGACUUUGUUAUGCCUUACCCUUGCCUGCCAGGGGCCUGUUUAUUCAGCAAA